AUGGUGAAAAUUCUGGCGAAUGGGGAUAUCGUGCCAGACAACGACCCCAGGGCACAGGCUUCCGUGACGCAGCGGCGCCCUCCAACCGCGAAGGCGUCUGCAACACCGCCACCCAACCCUCCCAGCACUGCUUCAGGUGCAGGAGCAGGGGCGAGUGGAGGCAGCUUUCAAGGAGACGUGGGUGACGGGGAGAAUGUCAUAGUCGGCGACCUGGCACGGGCCUGUGGCAUCUAUGGGAAGACAGUGCAGGUGAUGGACCGCGAGGUCCCAAUGAUUUACCUCAUCGUAGCAGGAGUACUGGCUCUGCUGUGGAUCAGCGGCAACACCAAUGCCAUCCGCAUGGGAGUCUUUGCCUUCAUGCUUUAUGUGAUGUAUGCUCAGUACACCAAGGCACAGCGCGGAGGCGGCUUGUCGGGCCCCGCGCCAGAUGAUAACAGCAGCGGCGGCCACGUCAUAAAUCGCGGACGGCCAAGAUGA